CAAAUGCUAGCAGCAAGAAGCAGCAGCAUCGUUGUUAUUUAUUUUUCGAUCAACGCGUUUUGUUUACAUUUGGUUCGUGCGCGCAAUGUCCAAUCCACAGGAGGAGCUUUUGCCACCCAAUGCCGAAGAUGAUGAGCUAACACUGCCCAGGGCCAGCAUAAAUAAAAUAAUUAAAGAGCUGGUGCCCACGGUGCGCGUGGCCAACGAAAGUCGCGAACUGAUACUCAAUUGCUGUUCCGAAUUCAUACACCUGAUCAGCUCCGAGGCGAACGAGGUGUGCAAUCAGCGCAGCAAGAAAACAAUCAAUGCCGAGCAUGUGCUCGAGGCACUCGAUCGUCUCGGCUUUCGCGAUUACAAACAGGAGGCCGAGGCGGUGCUGCACGAUUGCAAGGAGGUGGCCGCCAAACGGCGCAGACAGAGCACACGCCUGGAAAAUCUGGGCAUACCCGAGGAGGAGCUGCUGCGCCAGCAACAGGAGCUGUUCGCCAAGGCGCGCGAGGAGCAGGCACGCGAAGAGCAACAACAAUGGAUGAGCAUGCAGGCAGCCGCCGUGCAACAAAGCAAUGCGCUUAUCCAGCGACAGCAGACGGAUGUCGCCGGAGUCGGCGGCGGGGGCGGGGGCAGCGGCAGCAGUGCUGGCUUCGUCAGCAAACCCAGUGAGGAUGACGACGAUGAGGACGACGAUGACUACUAAACACAGCAUGUGGUUGCAACGAGUUAAUUUGCUUUGCUCUUAAUGUAUUUGUAAUAAUUUGUUAUUAAACUAUUGUCAUAAGUCGAAACUCA